AGAAUAUCAUAUAAUUGUUAAAACUCUUUUUUUUUUUAAUUAUUAUUAGUUUUUUGUCUAAAUGUCAUUAUUUAAGAAUACUGAUUGUUUGAUGCUCUGUAAUCAGCCUGAUUAGAAUGUAGCCGCAUUCUAAUUAUUAAAUAUGAUUGAUAAGUGAUUUGUUAACAGAAAUUCUUAAUUUAUAUAUUGUUUUGCUGGGGUAACAAAGCCUCUUCUUUUAUCCUUUUAAUGAAAUGUGUCAGUGGCUUUCGUGAGUGCUUUAUAAGACAUUGCACUGGGUGGUAGAAUGAAUCUUUACCAGGCAGUAGACAGUCCCACGUUCAUAAUGAGAGUGCUGCUGAGCCUGAUCCCUCUGCUGCUCAUUGCAUGGAGCGCAAACAACACUGAAGCGUUACCUGUACAGAGCAAACUGCCAAACAGCAAUGAGGUGCUGACAAAGGAGCAGAAGGACUUCAUGACAAAGUUUUUGGCCAACCUUGCUGAAUUGAACAUGACCAUCAAGGACCUGGAAACCAUGGACCUUGAACAACUGAGCAAACUGGGCGAGAGAGCUGCUCUUGGUCUGCCACCUGCACGAGAGAAAUCCCAGUGCAAGAACUUCUUCUGGAAGACUUUCUCUGCAUGUUAAACUUGCAUGUAUACAAGGGAUCAAAAUCACCCAAUGUCAUAUUA